AUGGCCUACAAAAUACGUUGCAACGUUGGAAGCUGCAAAUACGUUGGAGAAAUAGUACGCAAAUUGCAGGCCCGCCUACACGAACAUGAAGAGGCGGCCCGGCGACGAGGCCCAAACUUGCAGCUUACAACACAUAUCGGAGGAACCGGAAACAACUUCGAUAUUCAAGAAGCGACCAUCGUAGGCCGGGAAACCUCAAAAAAGGAAAUACUGACGCUUGAGGCAUGGUACUCAGAAGUCAACACUGUCAACAGGCAUCUGGCCUUUCCUGUGGCCUACAAAAUCCUACGCCAUUACGUGAGUAAAGAAAAGGACAAGGUCAAAGUGAACCUAGGAUUUGCAAAAGAAGAUGGCUCUGUGACGAAACCACCGGAAGGUGGGGCAGGAUUAUCAGUAUCCUCUACUGUUUGGACAAAACACAACACUAACUGCCGUCAAGCUAUGCCAAAAUACGCACGGAGGGUCAAACAGCGGACGGAGAAAAAUAGACCAGUCUGUAGCGGCCUCGUAUUUCUAAGCCAGGCUUUGCUCACAUGCUCCGCGUGUCUGGCCCUCAUGUCCACCAGCCCAUGCGCGCCAUAG